CCCAGCGCGCGGGGCCUCGAUUGGAACUGCCACCGUUGGGAGGGGACAGGGAAUACUGCGCAUGCGCCUCAAAAAAACCGGGAGUCCGCGUCUGCGCGAUUAUUCGGACGGGGUGAUUUCACACAUGCGCAGUGCCCAGGGUCGUGGUGAGGCGCAUGCGUACAAGCUCCGAGCAGCGGUUGGAUAGACAGAGAAGGGGAACCGGUCCGGCGGCCUUCCGGGCUGCGUCCGUCGCGCUCGGGUUUCGGCCGCGCCGGCUGUGGAGGCGAGUGGGGAGGAGAGCAGAGGCCGUUAAACAGCUGGCUCUCGCCCUGUGGAGGACCCUAGGAGUCGUAGUCUCUUCCACCGAAGCAUGCUGGGAAUUGUAGUUCUACCCAGCGGCUCCCUCACACUGGGGCAUCAUGGGAGUUGUAGUCUUGCUCCCGAAGCAUGAUGGGAGCUGUAGGCCUUACCAGGUGUUUCAUGGGAGUUGUAGUUUGUUAAUGAGCCAUGUUGGGCCAUAUGACAGUGCUAGAGAUGUCCAGCAUGCACAACAUGGGGCCUAGAUGCAUAUUAUCUUUGGGGACCAGUGUUGUGUUGGGUGCCACUCACUGACCACCCAACCCCAGCUCCCCUCCAUACACAGUGCAGCCGGGACUUAUGGAGCAAAAACAGCCAUUGCCCCUGCACAAGCUCUGUUCCUCCACCUCCUCAGAUGGAGCCAGAAACAGAUGCUCAGGAAGAAAAACAACACUGGAAAAACACAGCGAGACGAUCCACUCAAAGCCCACGAGAGGAUAACUUCGAAGGCCCUUCCUCUUCUUUUAAGAAGCUAUGUCCUGCCAAACCCUCCCCCAGCUUUCUUGAGCUUCCAUCUUCCCAACGGAGGCCCAGCCCAGGUCUACCCUGUGCCCAGGCUGCCAGGAAAGGACAGAAAAAAUUCACCCCUGAUCAUCAGCCACAGGAUUGUUACGGCCUACUGGAGUGCAUGCACAACAACAUCCAGAUCCAAACCCAGAUCGCUCUGGCACAAUUGAGCAUCCUGGAAGGCUUGCAGGAAUCCAUGAACUUGCUUCUGGCUAGCGACGAGGAGAAGGGGAAGGAGCAGAGAGACCCGGAGGGCCUGCAAAACUCAGCCUCCUCUCCCACCUAACAUAUCCAUAGGUUUGGUGACUAGCUUUGAUUCCCAUUGUCUCAUCCCUGCGGCCUCGUCUCCUUUGCGUUCACUCUGGCGCUGGCUAUCAAGUGUAUAGCUACAGGUUUGGGGUUUGUGUUACCAUGACAACUGAUAGGGCUCUUGGAAGUAAACCUAUUGUAAAUACUUUCAGUGUGAGUUUUC